AUGAUGUUCAACUCAUCGGGCUCGUUAGAUUUCUUCUCGUUCACUCAUCCAGAAGUCGUGUCGGAAGUUCUCAAUGGUUCCUCCCAGCUGCUCUAUAACGUCUCAAUGGCCAUGUGGAAUAAUUCCUGUGGAGAACAGUUACUCGAUUUCACCUCGGCGGAGAAGAUUGUCAUCGGGAUGAUGCUGGCCAUCAUCACCACCGUAACGGUGAUUGGAAAUACACUAGUGGUGAUCGCGGUGUGCGUCGUUAAAAAGCUCAGACAACCGUCCAACUAUCUGUUGGUUUCUCUCGCCGUGGCGGACCUGUCCGUUGCUAUUGUAGUGAUGCCCUUCGUGAUCGUUACGGACCUUACAGGAGGAAAGUGGCUUUUUGGAGAGGUCUUCUGUAACAUCUUCAUAGGCAUGGAUGUGAUGUGCUGCACGGCGUCUAUCAUGACGCUGUGCGUGAUAAGCGUGGACAGGUACCUCGGCAUCACCCGCCCUUUGACCUACCCUGCACGUCAAAACGGCCAACUGAUGGCGAAGAUGAUCUUUGGUGUGUGGCUUGUGUCUGCCUCUAUCACACUGCCGCCAUUUUGCGGAUGGGCUAAGAACGUCAACACCGCUGGUGUUUGUCUGAUCAGCCAGGACUUUAGUUACACCAUCUACUCAACUGCUGUGGCCUUCUACAUCCCCAUGAUCGUCAUGCUCUUCAUGUACUACAAGAUCUUCAAAGCCGCCCGGAAGAGUGGAGCCAAACAUCGCUUUACCGAUCUCUCUCGCCGUGAUCGUCUGGAAACAGUGGCCAGUGAGGCGUUGAGAAUGCAAGGCCUGAAACCCCAACCAGGCGUAGCUGAGGAGUGCGCAGCUCUUUCUCGUCUGCUAAGCCGCGAACGCCAGAAUAUCUCCAUCUUUAAGCGAGAACAAAAGGCAGCUACGACGUUGGGGGUGAUAGUUGGAGUAUUCACCAUUUGUUGGCUACCGUUUUUCAUUCUCUCUACAGCCAGACCCUUCAUAUGUGGGGUCAAGUGUAGCUGCAUACCAAUUUGGUUGGAGAGGACACUGCUGUGGUUCGGCUAUGCAAACUCACUCAUGAAUCCCUUCAUUUAUGCUUUUUUCAACCGUGACCUGCGCUCAACAUACAGGGACUUGCUUCGGUGCCGGUACCGAAACAUAAAUCGACGACUGUCAGCUGUAGGUGUUCAUGAGGCAUUGAAGGUUUGA